AUGUCCCGGGAGGCGGGCGCGUGCCGCGGGGGCUCUGGGGCGCGCGCUCGGAGACCCAAGAAGCCGCACUACAUCCCGCGCCCGUGGGGCAAGCCCUACAACUACAAGUGCUUCCAGUGCCCCUUCACCUGCCUGGAGAAGUCUCAUCUGUACAACCACAUGAAGUACAGCCUCUGCAAGGACUCGCUCUCCCUCCUGCUCGACUCCCCAGACUGGGCCUGCCGCCGCACCCCGCUGCCGCCGCGGCCGCGCGCGCCCAGCCCCGACCGCCAGGGGGACCUCGACGCCCCCACCGCCCUCGAGCGCGGCGGCUGCGAGCGCGUCUCCCUACGCCACUGCCCUGGGGGCCCCAAGCCGGGGGCCGAGGGCAUCGUGGCCACGCAGUCCCCCAGCACCAGGGCCUCCAGGAAGGGUCCAGGCCCCGUGGGGCUUCUGGGCAGGUCCUGGAAACCGGGGCAGGGCGGGGGCCCGACUGUGGGGGACGCAGCCGCCUCCUCGGGCCCAGAGGGCAGUGUUCCCUGCUACCCGCCACCCACCCUGGGUGAAUUUCCUGAGGCUCAAAGCCUCCAGCUGUCCCUGCUGGGUGUCAACUACCCGCUCAGCCCGGGCCUUUUCUCCUACCUGGGGCCUUCACUGGCCACCCAUAUGCCCUUCCUAGCCCAGGCUGGCCCCUUGCUGCCCCAGGCCCCUGCUUUUGCGGCCCCACAGGCCCCCGAGCGCCCGACCCUGGCACCCCGCCUCUACUACCCAUUGCUCCUGGAGCAUAGCUUGGGGCUGCCAGCAGGCAAAGCUGCCCCUGCGCCCCCUAAGACUCCCGCUGGGACUCUGGCCUCUGGGCUGCUGAAGGUACCUCUCACAGGCCCUGGGGGCCCCUGGCCCCUCAGGGAUCCAGGGCAGGAGAGAGAAACCAAGCAGACUGCAGAGGACAACCCCAAGAGGAAGCUGCCCCAGGGAAGUCAGCUGGAGUUCCAGAAGGUUCCAAGCUCAGCCAAAUUUGGUUACCAGAACAGCCUGCCGAGCGGCCCCCCAGCAAUGCUCUGGAGCGAGAAUAAGGAGCCUUCUGACAGAGAAACCCUGGGCUCCUCAGCCACCCUUGUCCAGCCACUGCCCAGCCUGGGACCCAGCAGUCCGGCUCAUGUGGGUGAGGACCUGACCAGGGCUUUGGGUGACUACGCCCGAGUGGAGCAGCGUCUGGGACAGCUGGCACCCUCAGGGGGGCUGGCCCCUCGCCCUCUUCGUGAGCAGCUGGGCAAGAUUCGCCAGGAGCUGCUGCACAUCCACCGUGCUCUGGAACGUGCUGUGCGUCCCCCUGAGGUGCCCCUUGACCUGUCUGUAAAGCGGGGUCCCACCAAGGGGCUGGAGCCGUCAGUGAGGGCCUGGGGGUCACCUAAGCUGGGCUCUGAGCCUCACCAAGGGACCCCUGACCCGGCUGGCACACUGGGCCCUGUGACCCCCAGUGAGCCUUUCUCUGGGCAUACCACCAAGUGUGAGGCUGACUCCAGUGUCCCACCUCCAAGUCACUCACUGCCAGCCCCUGAAGACAGCACCCCUGGUGGUGGCUGGGCUACCUAUGGGGCACCAGGGAGCUCCCGAACCCCUGAAGCUGUCCUGCAGGUCUCCCGGGGCUCUGAGGUCUGA